AUGACGGGCGUCCCCCCGCCUUCGACUGAGACACCAAGCAAUUGGGACCGCAAGGACUUGCACGCAGGAGGAGGUGCUCGUACCUUGUUUGGACUGAGCGUUCUGCGCCCUGUAGAGCUGUGCGUCGUUGCUGUCAGGACAGACCCUUUCCAGCCGAUUGGCGGCGGCGAGGUGGAAGACAUCGACACGCUAGCAUUGUCUGCAGCUCUCCUGACCGAGGUCGACACGCUUCGCCUCGAGAUCGAUGAUGAAGUGCAGGCGUCUGGGCUGCUGAUCGCCAUUAGGGAGCCUGUGAUGACCGCGCUCACCCACGUCUACGUAACUCGUGCUGCCCUGGACAACAUCCAGAUCGCAGCGAGCCGCCCGAGGGCUAUAAAAGCUGCACCGCCUGGAAGUUAG